AAAGACACAUCUCCUUUCUGGGUAAUUUACAAAUCCAAGUCAAUAAUGAGACUGAAAUCUACUUUUUGUGCGCUGUGUAAUUUGCAUAAUCCAGAGCAAGGAACGUUGCCGUUGCCACUUCACAUUACCACACUGUAGUUUUGUAAGUCGUAUGAACUUUGGUCCACAGAAAUCUUGACCAAAGUUCUCUUAACAACCAGAGAUCAGCCAGAGGUUCUUCUGGUUUGACAGAUCUUAAUCUGUUUCGAUUUUAUUACAAAUGUAGCUUUACAUUUGUCAGUCAAUGUGUCACUAAUUAGUUUUGCUUCGUUUAUUACUUUUGACAGGGGACUUCACUGAGGACAUACUGUGUGUGUGAAUAUUUGAAUUGCUCUCAAUGUUCCAAAAUGUAAACACUGGAUGCCAUUAUUUCACCGUCUGCGGCACAGACGCGAGAGAAUGGAUCCGAGGACAGUAGUUGAGUUGACAAUAUUUACAUUUUAUAUAAUAUCUGAAACCUUGCUUAGGGCCUUUUGUUAACUUUAGUGAUGAGAGACAUUCAGCGUAUUCUGCUUCAAAGUGUGGUUUUUUUGAUGAAAGCUUUUUCGCAGUUGCAGGCAAAGAGUAUAAAUAGUGCUUACAGAUGUCCCAACUCUUUCUGGCACAAUAUUCACAGUUUCAACAUUUAGACCACUGCCGUACGUGAUUCCUGGCAUUGGUGGUCAUUGGCUCUGACCUGUUGCAAUGACUUAAGUGAAUGUCAGACUGGUAUAAAUAAGCAGAGCGGUGCAGUUUCAUCCUCGGUGAUCUUAUCUGUGUGGAGUGUCCUCGGUGGAGGACGUCUAAAGUGUUUUAAUGCUAAUUUUACUACACGUCCGUUGAAGAUAGUCUUCUCUGUUUCUAGCAAAUACGAGAUGAGUGUUCAAGGAGAUUCGGUUAUGAGCAACGGUGCUGCAGUCAUGGGUGGUAAUCCUGAGAGCACCCCUUCCCAAAGGGCACAGACUCUGUCAGGCCCCACAAAAUUAAAGACCCUCUCCACUCUCAUCCUCAACGGAGAAAUCCCCACAGCCGAGCUCGGCCCAACAUCAGCUUCAGAGAGCCGGGAGACUCAUCCUUCCAGUGCCACCGAGGCACUGGCCAAAGCUCCCGGAUCUCCCGAGCUGGAGGAAGCUACUGAAGGACUUUCGCCAGAAGAGCCCAAGACAGUUCCCCUGUCGACGGCCAAUUCGGCAACAACUCUGGCCCCUGCUGACCAGCUAUGGAGCGACAGCAGAGACAAGGCAGUCAGGCUGAGGAUGGAGGGCUCAGGUCUGGCCUCGGUGACUCCCAUCACCAUCCAUCAGAUGUUCUUGGAGACGGUGGAGAGCUACGGGGACUCUCCUGCCUUGGUUUCCAAAAAAGAGGGCGAGUGGGUGACCCUGACAUGGAGGCAAUACUACGAGCAGUGUCGGGCGGCUGCUAAAAGUUUUCUCAAGCUGGGACUGGAGCGUUACCAUGGUGUGGGGAUUUUGGGAUUCAACUCCCCGGAGUGGUUCAUCUCAGACAUCGGCUGCAUCUUGGCUGGCGGUCUGGCAACCGGCAUUUACACGACCAACUCGCCCGAGGCGUGUCAGUAUGUGGCUGCCAACUGUGAGGCCAACGUCCUGGUUGUGGAGAACCAGAAACAGCUUGAGAAGAUCCUGCAGGUUAAAGAUCAGCUGCCUCAUCUUAAGGCCAUUGUCCAGUAUAAAGGCGAGCUGCUGCAAAAAGCCCCAUUCCUGUAUACAUGGGCAGAGUUCAUGAAGCUGGGAGAGGAGGUGCCCAACGAGCAGCUGAACGCUGUGAUUGACAGUCUUCGGGCCAACGAGUGCUGUACACUCAUCUACACCUCGGGGACCACUGGCAACCCUAAAGGAGUCAUGCUGAGCCAUGACAAUCUGACAUGGACAGCACGUACAGCGUCUACCUUGGUAGAUUAUUCCUACGCUGCAGAGGUUGUGGUUAGUUACCUACCACUCAGCCACGUGGCAGCCCAGAUGUUCGACAUGUGGAUCGUUAUGAUUUUUGCCGGAGCCAUCUACUUUGCAGAACCAGAUGCCCUCAAGGGCUCCUUAGGAACCACUCUGAAAGAGGCUCGCCCCACUUACUUCAUGGGGGUCCCUCGAGUGUGGGAGAAGAUGCAGGAGAAGAUGAGAACCGUCGGUGCCAAGGCAUCCCCGAUGAGGAAGCGAGUGGCGGACUGGGCCAAGUCCAUAGGCCUGCAGUACAACUACAGUGCCAUGAACGGGGAGAAUCUGGUGCCGUGGGGCUUCAUGCUGGCUAACAAUCUGGUCUUCAAGAAGGUGCGUGCUGUGCUGGGCUUGGACCGCUGCAAGAUCUUUUUCACAGGCGCUGCCCCCAUCACCAAAGAAACUCUGGAAUACUUCAUGAGCCUGAACAUGCCGUUGAUGGAGCUAUACGGCAUGAGUGAAAGCUCCGGCCCACACACCAUCUCCGUUAACAGCAACUACCAAAUCUCGAGCUGUGGGAAGGUGAUGCCAGGCUGCAAGACGAUGCUGCAGAACCCAGAUAAGGAUGGGAACGGAGAGAUCUGUUUCUGGGGUCGGAACGUUUUUAUGGGCUACCUGAGCAUGCCCGACAAAACAGCAGAGGCUCUUGACCAGGACGGCUGGCUGCACUCCGGAGACCUGGGCAGAAACGACCAGCACGAGUUCCUGUACAUCACGGGAAGGAUCAAGGAGCUGAUCAUCACCGCUGGUGGAGAGAACAUCCCUCCUGUGCCCCUCGAGGAUGCACUGAAGGCCGAGGUGCCACUUAUCAGCAACGCCAUGCUGAUCGGAGACAGGCUCAAGUUCCUCUCCAUGCUGCUCACUCUCAAAUGCGUCGUAGACGACAACGCUGACCCCACAGACGAGCUGAGCCCCGAGGUGUUGGACUUCUGCCAGCAGCACGGCAUCACAACAACCAAGGUGUCGGAGAUCAUAGCCAAUAAGGAGCCCGCUAUCUACAAAGCCAUUCAGGAGGGCAUGGAGCGCGUCAACGCCAGAGCAACGUCCAAUGCCCAGAAGGUCCAGAAGUGGGUCAUAGUGGAGCGAGACUUCUCUGUUGGUGGAGGAGAACUGGGACCCACCAUGAAACUGAGGAGGCCCAUUGUUGUGAAGAUGUACCAGGAGAAAAUAAACGAAAUGUAUGCGGUGGCCACGGAAAAACAGUAGACCGCACUGCACGGAGAUAAGAUAACGCCGAAGAGAGAUGGUCAUGAGAAACUUGGGGCAUGUUUAUGAACAUUGUCUUGUGCCCAGACAUCAUAUUGGGAAAUGUAUGAACGUCUUUUCACCUGAGUGUUAAAAGUGCAAAAGAGGUUUAUAAUUUUUGGGAGAAAGUCUUGAUUCUGAUUGUGUCGUAUUUAAUGAAAUAGAGGUUUGAGCUGCUAUGUUUAAAUACUGUAUGUCGAGUUCUCCAGAAGCUGUAGAGACGUCUGUCUGUUGUCCAUUCCAAAUUGAUAUUUAAGCUGUUAAAUGUACAUACAGUUUCGCUGCAACCGUGCACUUUUUGUAAAUAAAACGUCCCAAUCGGAGCCAAAUCUCACCCUUCACUGUCUGGCAUGCACAGGUGGAUUAUACACUGUCACUCAGCACCAAAGCCACGCGCAGGGCGGAGAACACUGGAUGGCGUCAGUCAUUAUUUAGGGAAGUCAAUUUUGACAUUUUUACGGUUUUUAAACUGACGUUUUGUGAACCAUAACUGACUGUGGCCUGAAAUAUGAGAUUCUCUUGUGUAAUCACGAGCAUAUGCAUUUUAUUUUUGAAGCAGCAUCUAUUUAAAUAUUUUACAGCAUUAAUUGCCAGUUUUCAGUCUCAUGUUUUGUAUCUAAAAUAAACUGCAUCUGGCAAAGCUGCAGACAUUGCCUCUUUAGAUUGGAGGUGAUGUUUGAAUAAGUUUUUUUAUGAUGUGGUAAGAAUAUUAAUAGUCUGAAUCUCACUAAUCACAAGCAUCUGCAAAUAAUAAAGCAUAUAUUUGAAUUUGUGCUUCUCCAUGUACAGUUUGACAAAUACUGAAAUAUUUUGUGAUAAUGUUCCACGAUUGUCAAUAAAAAGUGAGUGAUUUGAACAAAUUGACCAAACGGGGAUCAAGAAUGUGUGCAUUUUUUUUAUUUUUGAAUAAUCUUUUUUUUAAUGUAGUGAAUAUGUACAGUGUAUAUAGGAGGGAUCUGAACUACUGCUACGCUACAUUUUCAUUUUCAAAAUGUGAUGCAGCGUGGUGCAAAACAGAGAAAGAAGCUGGAAUCAGCGAAGUCCUUUUCGCUCGAGUAAUGAGUCAAACAUAAACUCGGUUAUCAAAAUAUGUGGUCAAACGUCUGACGAAUCGUCUCAGCAUUUCAAAGAUGACUAUUAAUAAUAGUAAUAAUAAAUGAUGGAAUCAUCAAAUGUCAAAACGCAUGUCAAUGUUUUAGCUUUUAUCCAACUUAUGACUUUUUGUCUUUUACAUUAUUUUUGGGCAUUUGUGUCUUUAUUAGACAUAGUGAAAUGUGGUUGGCCUUAAGAGUUAGAGGGUUCGAUACUAGUUGGAUAUUUUCUGAUAGUGAUUUGACAAAUUGUUUUAGCACGGAUUCCUCCACAUCUGUGUUCGUCUUAAAAUUCAUUAGCUUUAAACCAACUUAUGAACAAAGUUUUCACAUUGUUUUCGGGCUUUUUAGGGAGGCAGAGGUGGUAACUCCCUAUUUAUAUGCCAAACUUCACAUAAAAUACGAUGUUAAGUAUUGUCAAAAAUUAAUAAGAGUCAGCUUGUCUGAAUUUUUUAAGUAAACACUGACAGGCAGCUGAAAACUUGGAGUUUACAGGAACUUCUUUGUCUCUUGCU